AUGACUUCCUGGCACCUCAGGGGAAGCAGGGUACAAGCCCAGAAACUCUUUCCCCACCACCACUUGUUGAAAAACUGAUCGAGGCAUCUCCGCGUUUGAACAGACGGCAAGUGCCAGGGUUUGAUGCCUCUCUGGCCUUGUGCGGGAGAUCAGUCACUGCUGAGUACCAAGAGGAAAAAAACUGGAAACUAACCCGAACCAUAUUGAGAGUCAAAAUGGAGAGAUUUGUAGUAACAGCACCACCUGCUCGGAACCGGUCUAAGACUGCUUUGUAUGUGACUCCCCUGGAUCGAGUCACUGAGUUUGGAGGGGAGCUGCAUGAAGACGGCGGUAAACUCUUCUGCACUUCCUGCAAUGUGGUUCUGAAUCAUGUUCGCAAGUCUGCCAUUAGUGACCACCUCAAGUCAAAGACUCAUACUAAGAGGAAGGCAGAAUUUGAAGAGCAAAACGUGAGGAAGAAGCAGAGGCCGCUGACUGCAUCUCUGCAGUGCAACAGUACUGCGCAGACAGAGAAAGUCAGUGUUAUCCAGGACUUUGUGAAAAUGUGCCUGGAAGCCAACAUCCCACUUGAGAAGGCUGAUCACCCAGCCGUCCGGGCUUUCCUGUCUCGCCACGUGAAGAACGGAGGCUCCAUACCUAAGUCAGACCAGCUGAGGAGAGCGUAUCUGCCCGAUGGAUAUGAGAACGAAAAUCAGCUCCUCAACUCACAAGAGUGUUGACAAGGAGGUUCCACUAUUGUGAUCAAGAUAAAUAAUGUGGAGUAUUAAAGUUAUGUGUUGAUUGUGUGGUUCAUUUUUUAUAUUUAUUUCAUUUGAAAUCAUGUGAUGCAGAAUAGUUUUGCAAUGUGUAUAUAGUUGCAGGCAAAAAAAAAAAAACACAAAAAUCUCACUGCAAAACUUGUUCAUUUUAGUCACCGAUGGUAUAAAGCAAAACUUGGCUUUAGAGUGUGCUAGGAUUCCUGAAACCUGAUGGUUAUCUUUAAAAUUAAUGGCUUUUGUCCUGAAAUGUUUGCAUGGAAGAGCUGCCCUGCUUUUUACCCUGUUGCCAUGUAUGAUUAUUCCUUAUGAGAUUACUUAAUUACUUGGGUUGAAGACCAGUGUAGGAAAUUGAAGCCGCUGCCAGGCAACACCAUUCAGUAACUUAGAGGAAUUGUUUCUGAUUAGAGGAUCCUCUUCCAACAGGAAGGGGUGAAAGGAAACUAUUCUUUCUCUUCAGCUUCCUAGCAGAAAUUAUUUUAUUUCACCUGUUUUACUUCUAUCUGAGGUAGCUGCCUUGAUUAGCCUUCAGUUCCUCACUCUUUUUUCUCCCUUUUAAAUGCCUAGAGUAUUUAGUAGCAGCUUCAAAUGACCAAAAGACUGAAAUCUUUUUUUUUUCUUUUUAAUGUCAGUGCCAAAAGCUGUGGGGAAUUUUGCAGUGACAAGAUUUUAGUCUCACAAUGAACCCAUCUUUGAACCAUAGUUUCAUUUUGAGCAUCAUCUUGAAUUUACGAACUUUUCUUUAUAUCUUAGUGUUGAAAGACUUUGGCAUUUUAAUUUAAUAAGGUAGAUAAUUUAUGGUCAAGUUUCCUUUUUACUGAGGAUUGCUACUUUUUGGCUGACCAAACAGAUCAUAAAGAAAUUACUAUUUAAAUAUUAAGUUUUCCUUAAGAUUUUUUUUAGGUUUAUUUAGAUAGGUUGAUUAGAAACAAGGUUGCUUCCAUUUUUAUCUGUUUUGCGCCUGGUGGUAUAAGGUGUUUAAGCAUGGAUGGUAAAGAAUUACCCAGAAAUUCUAAAACUCAGUAGUGGCAUUCAGACAGUAUCCUUGCAUAGCUGUCUGGGUGAGGACAAUUCUGGCAAAGGUCAACCCUGGUCAGGAAAUGAUCUGUCUGAACCUCAAGCUGUAAGGUUUUCAGAGUAGCUUAGCCCAGCUAAAUGUUGUCUGUUAUGAACCCAAGUUGUAUUUUAAAAAUGUAAUACCUGAGAACUUGGGCUAGUGCUUUAACUGAAAAUCUUAAAUUCUUUCAAAACAUUUACGUUGAAGUUUUUUAUAAAAUAUAUUCCCAUUACAGAUUGCUGAGAAAUGAUAUCCUGUGUGACUUGGGAGUUAAACAACAAAAGUAAGGAAAGGAUUGUUGUCAAAAAUGGCCAUGUGAUUUUAGAUUCUGAUUUAUUUUCACUUAAAAAAGUAAGCCUGCCACAAGAAAAUUGUCAGGAUUUUAACUAUGACUUUUCUUGCUUUGGUUAUGUUACAGUAGCAUAAUAAAUGCCUCCAGUAGUGCUCUCAGUAAAGCAGUGCGUGAGGAAACCAGCAGCAAAGCACAACCAAAACAUGUUUUGCUAUUAUUUCCUCUAAGAAGGAAUUUGCAGGCAACCAUAUUUUGCUUUAAUUGUCUAAGACAGUAGGCAAUCUAAACGGCUAGGGAAAUAAUUGAGUUUAGUAGCACUAUUUUCAAAAUUCAAAAGUAAGUUAAUCAUUUAAUUCCUUGGAAUUUCACGAUUCAGCCUGCUCCGUGUGUUGGUUUUAAUUUGCACUAACCACAAAUGUGUAGUGGCAGGUCAGCUUUUAGUAGUCCUAAGCAGUAAGCUGGAUGAUGUUGCACCAGAGAAACAUCCAUAAGUUGUGUUUGAAUUUCUAAUAGUUAUUGGCGAGCUAAUCAUUUAGGUCUCCUAUAACAAUGUAUUAUUCCAGGCUCCUUAAUAUUUCCUGCUGGACUCUGUCUAGGGGCAUAGUCUUGGCUGUUGGAUUGUAUCAUGUGCUUAAGAGUGUUCCAUCUUGCGAGGGUUUAAUAUUUUCACUGAUUAUGAGGCUGGUUCCCUAAAACUGGUUAGCUUUGUCUCAUAGUUAAAUAAAGCAGAAAGAUUGUUUUAGCCUGCUCAAACUGGUGUAAGUCCAUGAAACUGAUUGGCGUAAGUUAAAUAAUAAAUGAGAAUGAGGCAUAUGCUGCUUUGGAGAUACAGUAAAUGUGUACAGAAGCUUUCUUAACUAUAUAGUGUUAGUGUGAUGCUAUACUAUUGGAAAAAUAGCUUUUUCUAUUUUGUAAGUUGUACGCAUAAACAUAAGCUUUGUAAUGUUUGAUUUAUAAACUGCCUUCUUUAAUACAUGCUUACCUGUUAAUAGUGUUUUCUCCAAGUUUGAUAGUAUGUCUUCCAGAAGUUCAUAUAUGCUUACAGUAAAUAGUUCCUGAUUUGUUGAAAUGUUAACCUUCUUGUUGGUUUCUGAGUCUGUGGGCAUAUAGCAAGCCUGAAGGACACUGUAAUCAUCUUGUACAGGGUGACUGUGUAUGAGAGCCUUUAUAGCUACUUUAUCCAUUAUCAUCUACAAUUAACGUUACUUUUUGCUUUGUUUUCAAAUAAAACAAAUGCUCCUUUGAGUUUAAUGCA